AUGGAUUUCGAUUUAAAAACGGCUUGUAGUUUGUUGCCGGUUAUGGACGGUGUAAAGGAGACUACGAAGAAAUUAAUUGAUGGUAUUGAGAUGUAUGCGGAUAUGCUUAAAGAUUCAGAUUUUCCUUUAUUAUUUAAAUUUAUUUUAAAAAGUAGACUCUCCGAAAACGCUAAAAUGCGCAUGUUGACAGACUAUACUUCUGUUAAAGAUAUUGUUAAGGAUAUGAAAAUUCACCUUUUAACUAAAAAAUCAUUUACGGCUAUUCAAGCACGUCUUCAACAGACUACUCAAGGUUGGAGGUCAGUUGAGGAGUAUGGAAGUGAAAUCGAAAAGCUUUUCACAGAAUUAACAAUAUCUCAAACAAACGGCCACAUGGUAAAUAUUGAAGACGUGGUUCCAAUUGGCCAAGGAACAGACUUGGUUCUUCACAGAUAUAGAGAA